CUGACUGGUGGCUCGUCUGCGCCAUUGUUUUCCUCCAUUUGCGAAGUGAUUGUCUUUUCUGUAAACAACUCUUCAGUCAAUGAACGGCCAGAAGACGACUCUUCAGAUGAAAGACAAUACGGACCACGAGUUCGACUCGUGGCGGACGUCCUCGCAGUCGCAUUACUCGCACUCCUCCGCUCUGCAGACGAACCAAUCGUCGGAUCCGUACGCCAUGUCUUACUAUCCGACGGCUGCGAUGUUUCCGUACUCGGAGUCCAUGCCGUCGUCGCAGCCGUGGAGUAAUGGCGCCGAAACGGUCGCCUUUCUCGGCCAAUACGCAGACGCCGGCGCCCACCAGCCCUCGCAAGGUCACUACACGAUGGAAGCGAUGUUUGGAUCGCAGACUUCGUAUCCCUUCUCAAACAUGGCGUCUUCGAUGCCGUCGACGCCAUUCAACGCCUUCUAUAAUUCGGACCCCUUUUGGGGCAACAAUAAGGCGCGCCCGCAGACCAACGCCCCGCCCGCCGGCGCCGCCUACGGGCGCCAAAUGCACGACACGCCGGACUACUCGUCGCAAUACUCGCACCACUCGGCUGGCGAUCACUACGGACUCAAUGACCAGACCAUCAAACAAAUGGAGACCGGAAUCGCGGCGCUCACUCUCGACCACAUCAAGGCUUCGGAACAGUUCGCCAACAAAUCCGGUGCGUUCGGCGACUCGAAGAAGUUCUCGGACUCGAUGUCGAUGUCGGCCGUGGGUUCGGUGCCGAAGAAGACCACGUGGGCGUCCAUUGCGUCACAACCGGCCAAACCGCAGCCCAAGAGUCUCAAGUCGAAGAUGUCGUCUUCCGUUCUCACGGGCAGCACUUCCAAACACUUGCCGCCCGUCCAGACCAUCGCCUCGACGGCCGCUUCGAUGGACGCCAUCGGCACGUGGGAAGCGAAGAACGGGUCGGCCGUCAAGACGCCGCCCGCCGCCCAUUCCCACUCCCAACACCACCAGAGCCACCACCAACCCCCGCCGCCGCCCUCGCAACGCCCCGAACGUCCAGCCCCGGCCUCCUCCCAACAGCCCGCCCACCACCACCAGCCACCACCACCGCCGCAGCAGCAGUCGUGGGCGCGCGCCCAGCCCCCGCUCCCGACGCCCUCUGCGCGCGCCGGGGGGGACGGCGGGGCGGGAGUGGGACCACCGGCACUUCCGGCGCAUCCCGUUCUGGACAAACUGCGCGUUGAGAACAACUACAACCCGAAGGAGUUCGACUUGAAUCCGCGAAACGCGCGCUUCUUCAUCAUCAAGAGCUACUCGGAGGACGACAUCCACCGAUCCAUCAAAUACUCGAUCUGGUGCUCCACAGAACACGGCAACAAACGCCUCGACACCGCCUUCAAGCAGCACGAGAAGACCGGCGGACAGAUCUUCCUCCUCUUCUCCGUGAACGGCUCCGGUAGGGAACGGGAUGCUCGUGUGGGUUGUGUUGUCUCGUGUGCUGACCUCUUGUUAUUCGUAGGCCACUUCUGCGGGAUGGCGCAGAUGACGUCAUCGGUGGACUACGCGUCGUCGUCGUCGGUGUGGGCGCAGGACAAGUGGAAGGGCCAGUUCCGCGUGCGGUGGGUGUACGUGAAGGACGUGCCGAACGCGCAGUUGCGUCACAUCCGGUUGGAGAACAAUGAGAACAAACCGGUGACCAAUUCGCGCGACACACAGGAAGUGCCCUUCGAGAAGGGAAAGGCGGUCAUCAAAAUCAUGCAUCACUUCCGACACACGACUUCCAUCUUCGACGACUUCCUGCACUACGAGAAGCGCCAGGAAGAGGAGAGUCAGCGCCGAGUGCCGGAAGUGCCGUCUGCGCAGCCGCCGCCGCCCCCCAAACGGCAGUGGAAGAGCCGGGAGGGCGCGUCACGUGACUCGUGA